GCGAGUUGGGGCAGCUCCUCGCGCUCGGCCCUGCUCGGCUGCCAGAGCUCCGCCCGGGCGCCGGGUUCCCACAGCUGCGGGAGCCGGCGGGCGCCGAGGGGGCGGACCCACCUCCGCGCAGCCCGCCGGCCCCGGGCGGGCAGAGGCAGGCGAAGCGCGAGUGCGGGAGAGCGCGGAGAGCCAGGCCCGCCCGGAGCGCGCUGGAGACACCCCGAGCGCCCCGCGUCCUGGCACCAUGCGACCCGCCGCGCCUCCUCGCGGGCCCGGGGCUUCGCUGUCCGCUCGCUGAGCCCCUGCGCUCGCCACCACGGAAAGUCGAAAAGAGGAGGCGAGACAUUGGAGGGCAGCACGCAGACGGACUAGACUUCCCCUCCGCCCCCAGGAGGUUGCGGGUUCCCGGUUCCCUGGGCUUCUCUAGCUUUAUCAUGACCCUGGCGCAAGCUUGGCUUUAAGAGAAAUUGAGAAGCGAAGAGAGUCAAGGCAAUUCUUUGGUUGCUAAGUGUGAGAGAAGACACUCAGGAUGGCUCAGGGAUCCGGGGAUCAAAGAGCAGUGGGGAUUGCUGAUCCAGAGGAGAGUUCUCCCAACAUGAUAGUCUACUGCAAAAUCGAAGACAUCAUCACAAAGAUGCAAGAUGACAAGACGGGAGGAGUGCCCAUCAGGACAGUCAAGAGCUUUCUCUCCAAAAUCCCCAGUGUCGUCACAGGUACUGACGUUGUGCAGUGGCUCAUGAAGAACCUUUCCAUCGAGGACCCAGUUGAAGCAAUACACUUGGGAAGCCUUAUCGCCGCCCAGGGCUACAUCUUUCCAAUCUCCGAUCAUGUUCUCACCAUGAAGGAUGAUGGUACCUUCUAUCGUUUCCAGGCUCCUUACUUCUGGCCUUCCAACUGCUGGGAACCUGAGAACACUGACUAUGCCAUCUAUCUCUGCAAGAGGACCAUGCAGAAUAAAGCGAGGCUGGAAUUGGCUGAUUAUGAAGCCGAAAACCUAGCAAGACUCCAGAGGGCGUUUGCAAGGAAGUGGGAAUUCAUCUUUAUGCAAGCAGAGGCGCAAGUAAAGAUAGAUCGGAAAAAGGACAAGACGGAACGGAAAAUUUUGGAUAGUCAGGAACGUGCCUUUUGGGAUGUCCACAGACCAGUGCCAGGCUGUGUGAACACAACAGAAAUGGACAUCAGAAAAUGUCGGCGUUUGAAGAAUCCACAAAAGGUUAAAAAGUCCGUGUACGGUGUGACGGAAGAGUCCCAGUCUCAGAGUCCUGUGCACAUACCCAGUCAGCCAAUCAGGAAAACUACAAAAGAGGACAUCCGGAAACAGAUAACAUUUUUGAAUGCACAGAUUGAUAGACACUGUUUGAAAAUGUCCAAAGUGGCUGAAAGCUUAAUUGCUUACACGGAACAGUAUGUGGAAUAUGAUCCUUUCAUAACGCCCGCAGAGCCAUCUAAUCCCUGGAUCAGUGAUGACAUCGCCUUAUGGGACAUAGAGAUGAGCAAAGAGCCCAGCCAGCAACGAGUAAAAAGAUGGGGUUUCUCUUUCGAUGAGAUACUGAAGGACCAGGUGGGGCGGGACCAGUUCCUUCGAUUCCUGGAGUCCGAAUUCAGUUCAGAAAACCUCAGGUUCUGGCUGGCUGUCCAAGAUCUCAAGAAACAACCGCUACAGGAUGUGGCCAAGAGGGUGGAAGAAAUCUGGCAAGAGUUUCUGGCUCCAGGAGCCCCCAGUGCAAUCAACCUGGAUUCUCACAGCUAUGAGAUAACCAGCCAAAAUGUCAAGGAUGGAGGGAGAUACACCUUUGAAGAUGCCCAGGAGCAUAUCUACAAGCUGAUGAAAAGUGACAGUUAUGCCCGCUUCCUCCGGUCCAAUGCUUACCAGGACAUGCUGCUGGCCAGGAAGAAGCCAGAAAGUGAGCAAGGUCGUAGAACUUCCCUAGAAAAGUUCACUCGCAGUGUGGGAAAGUCGCUGGCGGGCAAGCGCCUCACCGGCCUGAUGCAGUCCUCCUGAGUGUCCCCACCACAGGGCCAGGGCCCGGGCCCUCAGAGCACACGGGCAGGCGGCGGCGCUCCACAUCUGCGGACAGAGUUUCCUUGCGGGGAGAUUUGGUCACUGUGAAGGAGAAAGAGUGAGGGCCAUGGAGGGUGAUGGUGGGGAGACUUGGUGGGUGAACGGGGACACCAGGAAGCGUCCACAGACCUGGGCCAGCAGGGAGAGGCUCCUGUUUACACCCUCUUCCUUGUACAGUUGUGCGCCAACACUCCAUCGACUUGGAGGCCCUG